UUAUAAUUUAAGCCACUCAUUUGCACUCCUUUCUCAUUUAUAGUUAAAAUUCUGCAUUAAAAGAUUUUAUCGCAACGUGAUCUUGUCCCCCUUCCUCUCAACUUAUUGUUCGCUCGUUCUUCGCUCGCGUACAUAAUCCAGAUCUGCAAUUUCGUCAUCAAGUUCAGAUCAGAUCGGAAAAUUAAUCCUUAUUUGCUUUUGAAUUUUGUAUUUUAGGUAUUAAAUCGUUGAUCUAUUUGAUUAUAAUAACUCUCUGCAUUUUUGGAACCCUAAAUUCGACACAAAUUUGUAAUUCUAAUCACAAGCAACAUCGAUUUUUCCGAUUGUUUGAAUUGUGGUAGACAAUUUGGUGAUUUUAUUCUUAGAUCAAGGAUCUGGUUAGAGAAUUUAGUUCCAGAAAAACCUAGUUGUGGUCUUUUUUGGAUUGAGAGAGGAGCAUGGGAAGUAAUGUGAAAAUGAAUGUGGAUUCGAAUGAAGAAGGUGAAAUCUCUUCAAUGAAACAACAAUCAAAAUCGACGACAACAACAAAAGUGGAUUUAUGGCAUAAUAACAAAGAUAAGAACAGCAAUAAUAGAAAUUGGAUGAGAGGUAUAUACAAUUCGUAUCCAAGAGGAUAUGGAACCGCUUCAGGUUUGUACAAUUUAGCAUGGGCACAAGCUGUACAGAAUAAACCUUUAAAUGAUGUUUUUGUUGAUCUCAAAAAAGAUGAUACUGAUGAUAAAAAGAACAGAAGCACAAAUAGUACCAGUGAUAUGGAUAUUGCUGCUCUGAAAGAACAAGAUGAACAACGUAGUCAACAAAUAUCAGUGAACAAUGAUGGUGCAAGUAGUGCUGAUGAAGUUGCUGAGGCUGUGGAUAGUGAGAAAGAAGGAGAACUGGAAGAAGGUGAAAUUGAUUUUGAUUCUGAUACUAACAGUAAUAAAAAUGAAGUUGAGUUUAGUGGAAUGGGGAAGGAUGAUGAAGAAUUAGAGAAUCAAGUUUCUUCUAUUCGUAAAGUUCUUCAUAAUGUUACCAUUACUGAAGCUCAUAAAUCAUUUGAUAUCGUGUGUGCUCGUCUGCAAAGUUCACUGGAGGGUUUAAGAGAGUUGGUAUUGCAUACAUGGUUUCCUUCACAGGAUGCACUCAUUCAACAAUCUUUUGACGCUAUUCUGUGUGUUUACUCUGUUUACACUUCUAUCAGUGUUGCUUCAAAGGAUCAGAACAAGGAUAGAAUGUCAAGGCUGCUUACUUUUGUCAUGGGUCUUAGUUCUGUUCUUUUUACACCAGAACAAAGGAAAAAGGUAGAUGACAUGAUUGUCGCUGUUAACCCACCUGUAGCUUCAAUUAAAACAAAAUCCAGGGAUAGGCAGGAAAAAUUACCGGUUAAUGACAAGGAUAUCCUUACUGAUUCAAAAACAUUCACUUUGAAUACUGAUGACAAUGGUUCCCACUAUUUGAAUAAAAAGGAAUUUGAUUCGUUUAUUCACCAGGUAGAGAAAAAGAAUGACAUUUUAUUGGAUAAUGCAAUGAAACAAUUUCAGUUUAAUUUAAAGGGUAAAAGCAAAUUUGAUCCUCUACUUGAUUUGCACAAAGUUCAUGAUGAAGAUAGUCUUCCAUCGCCUACUAACAAAGCCGCUCUUCCCUCACCUUUCCUUGAAGCAACUGCCCCCCCUAAGAUAGUGCAUAGUUUACAGAAUCUGGGGGUACAUCCUUAUGAAACUGAAGCGGUGAAAGUUGUGUCAAGUUAUAAACAAAGGUUUGGUCGGGGUACAUUAUCAGCAAUGGAUAGACUUCCUAGUCCAACUCCUUCUGAAGAUGGCAAUAAUGGAGGUGCUGAUGAUUCUAAUGAGGAGGUUUCGAGUCUAAUUGUCCACAAUAUUGUUAAUAGGAAUACAAGUUCCUUAAUAGUGCCACAUACAAGUAAUUCAACUGUACAGGGGGUACUCAGCUGUACUAGUGCAGGACUUUGUAAUGCUGGGUCUUCUCUUACAUUGCGAGCCCCCACAAAGAGUCAAGAUCCUAGGCUUCGACAUCUUAAUUUUAAUUUUGGUUCAUUAGAUCGUAGCUUUUGCCCCUCACCUCUGGUACCUAGUUCAGCAUCAACAUUGGAGCCACUGCGUGAAUUUUUGAAUCCGAAGAAGGUCAAGGCACUUGAUUGUGCCAUCUUGGAUGGUCCUGCAGCUAAGAGGUCACGGAAUGUCCCGGAAACUGAAGCCAUAUCUACAAUUGUAGAUCAAGUGAAUACAGUACCAGGAAGAUCUUUUAUGGGAACCAAUAGUGCUUUAGGACAGCAAUUAGCAAAUCGAGUGCCCUUGGGUUCAGCAAUGGGUCUUAGAAAAUCAGUCAGUGGUACUGUUUCCUCUGGGAUUAAUAGCAUUAGUCCCAGUAUUGCAGUGAAUACAAUUGCUCAAUUGCCUAUGAAUGUUAGUGGCACCGCAUCCGUGCAGUCCCUGUUGAAUAUUAUGAUGGAUCAGAAAAAGUCUAGUGAGCCUUUUCAGAGUGUUUCACAUUCAGCAAACUCAAAUUCAAAACUCGGAGCAGCACCACUGCCUACCACUGCUCCAACAAUUUCACAUGAGAUGGUGCAGACAAUUGUAGGGUUGCCUCAGGUUCCUUCUCAGCCAGCGGUCAAGAAUUUACGGGAGGAAGGUGCAAAACUUCGCAUGAAAGCUCGAGAUCCUCGUCGUGCUCUGCAUCAAAAGACUGGAAGUUCUGUAGUAGAGCAAUCUAAGUUAAUUGGAGUCCACAACAAAACCACACAAGGACUCCAGGGCAAUUUCAAUUUCCAAAGGCAUGUUAGUGGGGCAAGCUUGAAUGCUGCAUCUGCUCACAUGCCAGUUUUACCAGAUAUCACAAAGGAAUAUACAAAGAAUUUGAGAAAUAUUGCUGACAUUAUAUCUGCCCCUCAAACAUCUAUUGUACAACCUCCUUUUACAGCAGGAGCUCCUUCAUCUGUGCAAUCUAAUUUAGAUAGAUUAAGUGGUAGUAAUACUGUGCCAGUAAAAACUGCUGAUCAGCGUUCCCGUUCUAGAUUGAAGCCUGAAGAAGUUGUGACUGGUCGUUCACUAGGGCAUGACAAUUGGGAAGAUGUUAAGCAUCUAUUUGAAAGAUAUGAUGAUCAGCAAAAGGCAACUAUACAGCAAGAGAGAGCUAGAAGGCUUGAUGAGCAGAAAAAAAUGUUUGCUUCCCGUAAGUUGUGUCUUGUGUUGGACCUGGAUCACACACUUCUUAAUUCAGCAAAGUUCACAGAGGUAGAUCCUGUGCAUGAUGGCAUCUUGAGAAAGAAAGAGGAGCAAGAUCGUUUAAAGCCUAGGCGACAUCUAUUUCGAUUUCCUCAUUUGUCAAUGUGGACAAAGCUGCGACCUGGUAUUUGGAAUUUCUUGGAAAAGGCUAGUAAGCUUUAUGAAUUACAUCUUUAUACAAUGGGUAACAAGUUGUAUGCCUCUGAGAUGGCUAAACUGCUCGAUCCAAAGGGAAGCUUGUUUGCAGGCCGAGUUAUUUCACGGGGUGAUGAUGGCAACAUAUCUAAUGGUGAUGAAAGGGUGCCCAAGAGCAAGGAUUUAGAGGGGGUUUUGGGUAUGGAAUCUUCUGUUGUGAUAAUAGAUGAUUCUUCUAGAGUUUGGCCACAUAACCAACCAAAUUUGAUAGUUGUAGAAAGGUAUAUUUAUUUUCCUUGUAGUAGGAGACAAUUUGGGCUCGAAGGACCUUCACUUCUUGAGCUUGAUAUUGAUGAAAUACCAGAAGAAGGAACAUUGGCAUCAUCUCUGGCAGUUAUUGAGAGAAUACACCAAAACUUUUUUGCUCACAAGGCCCUGGAUGGUGUGGAUGUGAGAAAUAUCUUGGCUUCUGAGCAGCGAAAGAUUUUGGCAGGCUGCUGUAUUGUAUUUAGCAGGAUUUUUCCUGUCGAGGAAGCUAAUCCCCAUCUAACCCAAAUUUGGCAGACUGCACAGCAGUUUGGUGCUGUGUGCAGCAACCAGAUAGAUGAACAAGUUACCCAUGUUGUUGCUAUUGAUCUUGGCACUGACAAGGUUAAUUGGGCUUUAUCAACUGGAAGAUUUGUUGUACAUCGUGGCUGGAUUGAAGCUUCUGCAUAUCUUUACAAAAGGGCAAAUGAACAGGAUUUUGGUAUUAAACAUCCCUGCUUAGUUUGUACAAAUACCAUUAAGUGCAAAUGUCUUGAGUUUCAAAGGUAGCCCUAUCAUGAAACCUGAUUAUUUGGGAUAGGAACGAAUACUGCAACCUUUUCAUGUGUUCCGAGGAAAACCAAUUUCGCGCCUUCCUUCUUCGGAAUAAUGGUCCAAAAUCCAAAUGUAGUUUUGACAGUGAGGAACCGUCCAGACUUUCUCCCUUCACCUUCUUCCUGGUUUCUAUAAUGAUGGGUACCGUCAAGGCCUCAAGAAUCAGCUGGUGUGAGAAUUUUCCAGGUACAAGAAAAAAUUGUCUGGCGAUGUUUUAGUCGAAGGAUUACACAGCUGAGGAGUGAUAACAUACCAUGGCUCGAUGACUGAGGGAUGAUGAUUGAUUGGUUGUAUGUUGAUGCUCCUACUAUUGUGAGGGGAAACCCGACAUAUGGGUUGAAUAGGUUGAUCUCAGAACCAAUGUCAGUACAUGGUGCCUCAUCCGGAGUUUAACCUUGGGACAUAUUUGCUUGUUGAGAUUGCAUGGAACAACAUGAUUUUGUGGCAAAUUUGCCCUAAACGUUCGAUAGGCAACGUUGCCUAUGCUGGCCGAAGUGCUGGCUUGCCGAAGGCCAAAAAUAUUAAUUCAAGUAGCUAAAUAUUAACAAAAAAAGGGGGAAAUUGUGGGGAUAAAAUGUGGACUAAACGUAUUUUUGGACCAAAAACGAAGAACGAUUAGUAAUUAGUAAUCAUCAUUUAGGUUAAUGUAAUUUGAACUCGGUAGCUCGGUGCUUAGGAAACUCGGUGGAUUUUUCGUGUAUCAUUUCAAUAUUUAAAUGUUUCUUAGAUUGACCUGCUCUUGAGUAAGAGUAAGUAUUAUGAUGGGUGUCCUUCUGAGAACUCCGUUUUUAACAUGAGCUUGAGCGAGAGUAGUAUUAUGAUGGGUGUCCUUCUAAGAGCUCCAUAAUGCAUCUUUUUAAGAAAUUGACUCGACUAAAAUUUUUUGA